AUGGUCUCAUGAUUGUAUUUUGGUCACUUCUUCCAUUUGCACUCUAAAAUGAAAUCAUCUCUACUUUAAUUUGCCCAUCUUAAUUUCUCACUACUCAAUCCAUCAUCUCCCCUAACAAUACCCAACCCAUGUCUGCAAUCAGACCUUUUCAUCAAUGCCUCCAUAUAUAGUAUCAUUGGUUCCUGAAGCGAAAACUAGUUAUUGGGUUUUGAGGCAAACAAUAAUUCCAGCUCCAAUAGCCUAUCUCCUAUGGCAGAGAAAGUUGUUGCACUGUUGGGUCAGAAGAGAAGUAGAAAUAGAGAUACUGUUAAUCAUGGCGGUGGAGGAGAAUCAGAGCAUGAGGUUCACAUCUUGACUGAGAGAGAGAGGAGAAAAAAGAUGAGGAACAUGUUCACAAGUCUUCAUUCUUUGCUUCCUCAACUCCCCAAUAAGGCAGACAAGUCCACCAUUGUUGAUGAAGCAGUAAAAUACAUAAAGAGCCUCCAAGAAACUCUCCAAACGCUAGAGAAACAAAGGCAAGAAAAGCUGCAAGGAGCAACAAUUGUUGACAGCAUUGGACAAUCACUAAUUACAUCACCCACAGAAGCACUUUUUGAAUCCAGGGAAGCAUUCUUGGCUAUUCAAGGACCAUCAAAGGGCUAUCCAAUGCAUAAUUCUUUUCCGGUCACUCUUUCCCCAGCUUGCUAUCAGACUUGGUUUUCUCCAAAUGUUGUUAUGAGCAUGUGCGGCGAUGAUGCACAGAUCAGUGUGUGUACACUGAAGAGACCUGGUUUACUUACCAGCAUCUUCUACAUACUAGAGAAACAUAAGCUGGAUGUUGUAUCUGCUCAUGUUUCCUCUGAGCAAUUCCGUAGCAUUUACAUGAUCCACGUUCAUGCUGCAGGUGGCGCUUCUGGUCGGUACCCAGAGGCAUUGUCAGUGGAAGAUACAUUCAAACUAGCAGCAGGAGAGAUGAACUUAUGGAUCUUGUCAUGUUGAUUCCAGGCAGUCAACAGAAAGAAUCAGUUCCUUUAGUCAUUGUCUGCCAUUUUUGUACAAGGGGAGCCUCGUAAUUAGUUCGGAAAAUAUACAUGUUAUAUAGAGUAACUUUGCUCUACCAGGAGACUCGGAAAGCUCUUGUGCAUAAAGGACAUGGUUUUUUUUAUCAUUGUUAAGCCUAGAACUUGCAUGUAGAAAGAUGCAUAUUUCUGCAACUGCAAUGAAAUUUCUGCGUGUGUGUAUAUAA